AUGAAACUUCAACUUCUUCUCCUUCUUUCCGCUGUUGUCUAUGGAGCUGCUCAGACGACUCCUUCUCCAUUGACCGUGGCAUUGAAUUGUAUUGAUAACGAAUCGGCUGAUGUCAUCGACGAUUACAUUGCCGCCGUUGAAGCAGCUGUCAACGAAAUAACUCAAAAUGUUACAUUGUGCUUGCUCAAUACCGCUUGCUUAACCGAAGCGACUGCCAAUGGACAAGUCGUGUUGUCUGCCUUAUACUCGGAAUUUUCCGUUCUUCUUGAGGAGGUUACCAGUGACAACGGACAGUGCUCGGAUUUAUUCCAGACCGCGUUUGAUCAGAUCAUUGGUAACAUUGAAGACUGUCUCUCACAAGAACUCCAAACAUUUUCCGAUGAGAUAAAUGAAUCGGUUAUUGCCACUAUAAACGGACUUCGUCAAGAAAUUGAGAAUUGUGGAAUAUUAAAUCUUCCUUGUCUCACAGAGGUCGCAGCUAAAAUAGUGGCCGCUGUUGCAGCAAUCUCUCUUCAGGCGCUUGGUGUAGCUGCCCAAUUGACUAAUGCGGCGACUGGUUGCGUUACUGGAGCAAUCAGUGGAAGAUAA